AUGAAAGUCGAGAAAUCACCCACACGCUCAUCUUCAUUCAACUCGCCUAUAGCCAGAUCAUCCCAUUUGCGUAGCAACAAUUCAACAUUAGCAAGCAGCUAUUCACCACUGCGACGCUCUUCAUCUCAUUUCUCCCCAUCAUCACCAUCAUCCUCUUCAUCCACCUCUCGAUUCCAAGAACCCGCCAUUGAAAACACAACCACAACAAACUCUCUCAAAAGAAAAUAUACCAGCUCUUCUCCGUUAGCGUCUCCAUCUAGAUCUACUGUGGGCACCAUCUCUCGCUCUGAUACAUUUGCAAGUGAAUACGAAGAAGGUAACCCACACAAAUGGACCAAGCAACAUUGGAAAAAGCUAGAAGAGUGUUAUUUGCGCAAAAACCGUGAUUAUGAAAAGGCAGCGAGUGAAUUCUAUUACAUCGAAUCGUUACAGGACAUAUUGCUACCGGAUAGAGACUCCAUUGAGGGAAAGCCGAUAAGAAAAGAGCUUUGGUCAAAGGAACAGAUUUUGUGGAGAUGUAAAUGUUUGGAUACAAGCGCCAGAUUUCACGGUGGGUUGUUGCCUUCAGAACGAAAAAAGAUAAAAAAGUCUGUGGAUACAAACCUGUCGUCAAAUAUCUCUUCUGGAUCUACAGUUACUGCAGGAUCAACAUCAAAUGAAUCAAGCUCUUCAGCAGAGAAACUGAGAAAUCUUGUAAGCAAUAGAAGACUAUAA